AGAGACCCAGAGAAGAAAGAUACUCAGAGAAACAACGGCCUCACAACAUCAGCAUCACAGCUGGACAGGCAGCAGCAGAACGCUUCAUCAUGGCCAGCACGGGUUUGGUACAAAUUGCCCUUGUGCUGCUCUUCUCCACCUCCACUGUCUCUCUGAGCUGUAGCCUCCUUCACACAGCCGACAUGGAGCAGAGCUUAAAGCGGCUGGAUGGAAUGCAGGGAAGAUCUCUUCUCUCCUGUCUGGAGCACAGGAAGGACUUCCAAUUCCCACGAGAGGUAGUCGAAGCCGGACUGCGCAAGGAGGGGAAUCGGGCGGUGGCCGUCCAUGAGCUGCUCCAGCAGAUCUUCACCAUCUUCAGCCAAGAUCUUUCCCAAACUGGUUGGGACCAGGCCAAGGUCGAGAAUUUCCUCCAUGGACUUCAUCAGCAGCUGGAAGAGCUGGAGGUGUGCUUGGAGGAAGACACGUAUCCGAAACAGACCUCCGUGGGGAGUGGCAUUUUUCGACUGCGCCUGAAGAGUUACUUCAGAAGCAUAAGUCUCUACCUGAGGGACAAGGAAUACAGCAGCUGUGCCUGGGAGAUUGUCCGAGCGCAAAUCCGGAGGUGCAUCUUCCAGUUCAUGGGAAUGCUCCAGAACUAA